AUGGGCUCCGGCUCCAAGGAGGGGGACGAGUGGGUGCUCAGCCACGGCGACGUGGUGCUCAUCCGCUCCGAUCUCGCCAUCCUCCGCGGGCCCCGCUUCAUCAACGACCGCAUCAUCACCUUCUACUUCGCGCACCUCUGCGGCGUCUACGUCAUGGCCAUCGCCAGGGCCAUCUGCGCCUGGUGGAACGAAGCCCAGGACCACCGGGGACGGGGUGGGGAUUGGCUCGAGGUGGUGAGGAGGGAAGUGGAUGCCCGCAGCGUCAAGGCCAUGAGCACCGACCUGCUGCAACUAAUCAACACCCUCAUCCAAGAGAAGGCCAAACCCAAUUCCAUAUCUGAGGGAGACACUAUCAGAUUGAUAGGCAGUAGCUUAGUUGCUGCUAGUGAUUUCUCAACUCUCAAGUCUGGUACCCCCUGUUGA